GCUGCGGCCGCCGAGCAGUGGAACCGCGACUGCCCAGCGGAGCCGCCGGUAUGAGCGUCCCUCGCCACCCCGCGUCCCAGGCCCGGCCUUUCUGACAAGAGCUAGACUUUGGGCUCCUUGAGGAUAUUCAGUUUUAUACGUUUGAAUAUCCUCUCACCAUGUUCAGCGGAAAAUACCAUUCUUAAUGAUUAUCCUCAACAAGACAGGUGUGAGAGGAUUGCUGUUGUAUUUCAAUCAUGGUGCAGAAAUACCAGUCGCCAGUGAGGGUGUACAAAUACCCCUUUGAAUUAAUUAUGGCUGCCUAUGAAAGGAGGUUCCCUACGUGUCCUUUGAUUCCGAUGUUCGUGGGCAGUGACACUGUGAAUGAAUUCAAGAGUGAAGAUGGGGCUAUUCAUGUCAUUGAAAGGCGCUGCAAGCUGGAUGUCGAUGCACCCAGACUGCUGAAGAAGAUUGCAGGAGUUGAUUAUGUUUAUUUUGUCCAGAAAAACUCACUGAAUUCUCGGGAACGUACUUUGCACAUUGAGGCUUAUAAUGAAACAUUUUCCAAUCGGGUCAUCAUUAACGAGCAUUGCUGCUACACCGUUCACCCUGAAAAUGAAGACUGGACCUGUUUUGAACAGUCUGCAAGUUUAGAUAUUAAAUCUUUCUUUGGUUUUGAAAGUACUGUGGAAAAAAUUGCAAUGAAACAAUAUACCAGCAACAUUAAAAAAGGAAAGGAAAUCAUUGAAUACUACCUUCGCCAGUUAGAAGAAGAAGGCAUAACCUUUGUGCCCCGUUGGACUCCGCCUUCCAUCACGCCCUGUUCAGAGACAUCUCUGUCAUCCUGCAAGAAACAAGCAGCGUCCAUGGCCGUCGUCAUCCCAGAUGCUGCCCUCAAGGAGGGGCUGAGUGGUGAUGCCCUCAGCAGCCCCAGUGCACCUGAGCCCGUGGUGGGCACCCCUGACGACAAACUAGAUGCCGACUACAUCAAGAGAUACCUGGGCGAUUUGACUCCGCUGCAGGAGAGCUGCCUCAUUAGACUUCGCCAGUGGCUCCAGGAGACCCACAAGGGCAAAAUUCCAAAAGAUGAGCAUAUUCUUCGGUUUCUCCGUGCGCGGGAUUUUAAUAUUGACAAAGCCAGAGAGAUCAUGUGUCAGUCUUUGACGUGGAGAAAGCAGCACCAGGUAGACUACAUUCUUGAAACCUGGACCCCUCCUCAGGUCCUUCAGGAUUACUACGCGGGAGGCUGGCAUCAUCACGACAAAGAUGGGCGGCCCCUCUACGUGCUCAGGCUGGGGCAGAUGGACACCAAAGGCUUGGUGAGAGCGCUCGGGGAGGAAGCCCUGCUGAGAUACGUUCUCUCCAUAAAUGAAGAAGGGCUAAGGCGAUGCGAAGAGAAUACAAAAGUCUUCGGUCGGCCUAUCAGCUCGUGGACCUGCCUGGUGGACUUGGAAGGGCUGAACAUGCGCCACCUGUGGAGACCUGGUGUGAAAGCCCUGCUGCGGAUCAUCGAGGUGGUGGAGGCCAACUACCCGGAGACACUGGGCCGCCUGCUCAUCCUGCGGGCGCCCAGGGUGUUUCCUGUGCUCUGGACGCUGGUUAGUCCGUUCAUUGAUGACAACACCAGAAGGAAAUUCCUCAUUUAUGCCGGAAAUGACUACCAGGGUCCUGGAGGCCUGCUGGACUACAUCGACAAAGAGAUUAUUCCAGAUUUCCUGAGUGGAGAGUGCAUGUGCGAAGUGCCAGAGGGCGGACUGGUCCCCAAAUCUCUGUACCGGACUGCGGAGGAGCUGGAGAACGAAGACCUCAAGCUCUGGACUGAGACCAUCUACCAGUCUGCAAGUGUCUUCAAAGGAGCCCCGCACGAGAUUCUCAUUCAGAUCGUGGAUGCCUCGUCAGUUAUCACUUGGGAUUUCGACGUGUGCAAAGGGGACAUUGUCUUUAACAUCUAUCACUCCAAGAGGUCACCACAGCCAGCCAAAAAGGACUCCCUGGGAGCCCACAGCAUCACCUCUCCAGGUGGGAACAACGUGCAGCUCAUAGACAAAGUCUGGCAGCUGGGCCGCGACUACAGCAUGGUGGAGUCGCCGCUGAUCUGCAAAGAAGGAGAAAGCGUGCAGGGUUCCCAUGUGACCAGGUGGCCGGGCUUCUACAUCCUGCAGUGGAAAUUCCACAGCAUGCCCGCGUGCGCUGCCAGCAGCCUGCCCCGGGUGGACGACGUGCUCGCAUCCCUGCAGGUCUCUUCACACAAGUGUAAAGUGAUGUACUACACCGAGGUGAUCGGCUCGGAGGAUUUCAGAGGUUCCAUGACGAGCCUGGAGUCCAGCCACAGCGGCUUUUCCCAGCUGAGUGCCGCCACCACCUCCUCCAGCCAGUCCCACUCCAGCUCCAUGAUCUCCAGGUAGUGCACGCUGCCUGCACCUAGUGUGUGACGGCCGCCCCUCCUCGGACAGCCAGCUGCGCCUGCCCGCCCAGGGCGACAUUGUACAGACUCCUCUCACCUCUAGAUAGCAGAUAGCUCUCAGAUGGUAAAUGUAGUCAUUUGAUCCCAAAACUACCUUGGCAGGUAGUUUUAACUCUGAUCCUAACUUAACUCAAUAGCCAUAGAUUUUGUAUACGUUGUGCACAAAAUCAAACCAGAGCACAAGGGCUCUCUCGAAAGAAAAGUAGUUUCUAUACCAAUUAAAGGAUUGACGUGGUCUCAGAUGUUGAUGCAAAAAAUUUUUCCAACGAACUCCACAUUGUCCAUUAGUGAAUGAAUUCCUGUGACACCGUCCAGAGAUGGCCCCUCCUCACCCAGGACGGAAGCUGCCAGCUCGCUGCCCCCAAGCUGCCUUGCGGCCCCCACGCCUCCAGCCACAGUUGAGAUGGUCUGUGGACUUAGGGCCAGCCCUUGAGGCCCUUUUCCUCUGAGGAUUCAGAGGCCACCUGCGGAGCACCCUGCCCCAGGGCCAGACCCACCCACACCACCCACUGUCCUGAAGUGGGCUCUCGGGGACUCCUGGUGACUCUAGGAAAAUGCUGCCAUCGUUAAACGUGACCUUCUCUUUCGUCCUUUUCAAAUCUCUUUGAUACUUUUUAGAGCAGGAUUUUUCUGUAUGUGAACUUGGGUGGGGGGUUCUUUCCCUGUUUCCUUCCGCUCCGCCCUUCUCACCUGCAGUCAGUUCCCAGCCCGGUGCAGCCCAUCUCCUCUGUGCCCUCUGGUGGCUCGUUGUCCUCAGCCGCUAGGAGGCCGUCUUGGAACCAGCAAGUCGCAUUUGCCGCUUGACACUGUCCACGGGGUUUUAAUAAUAGCUAAGCAGCAUCUCCCGCGUCCACUUCAGGGUGGCUUGUGGUGUGUAGGAGCCUUGCUUCUGUGUACAUGGGAAUUGCGGACUCAUGCGUGUGUGUGCGUGCAUGUACUGUGUGUGUGCAUGUGUGCAUGACGGUGGGGGUGCUGGGGGGACGGGGUGAGUAGAAACUUAGUUUGAGUAAUGAAGGAGUCUUCAUAGAAGCAAAUCAGAAUAUGGGAUUUGUUUGCCUUUUACAUUUUCUGUUUAAUUCCUGAUUUUAAAGCCUGCUCUAGCUGGUACAGGCCCUUAUUUUUUCAGCUUUUUAUGGGAAAAGCAGGUUAUUUGAGAAUCUGUCCGGAAGUUGCAUAGGGGAUGGCCUCCACAAUAAGGACAUGGAACGUGUGUUUCUGUGUGCAGCAGAGGACGUGUUUGUCAUGCCACACCCCACGCGGCUGUCACCUGUGUGCGUGGUAGGCAUGGAAAUCCUGGUUGUGCCGUCUCAGCUCCGCUCUGAAGGCACUGGGUGGGUGCUGCGUGACUGGAGAGCUGUGUGGAGGCUGUGUGCGCCCCGUGCAGGGAUCAGGAGGGCAGGGGAGGGACCAAGCAGCCCUCUGGCCCGGCCGGGUCUGCCCUAGUGGCUGCCUGCACACUGUAGAUGUCCUGGGGCCUCUGCUGUGAUCGCCUGCGUUUGGACCACAUUUGUGUGUUUGCUCUUAGAGAUCGAGCUCCUCAGUGGUACCCGAAGCCUUGCUUCCAGAAAGCGCAGUAGGGUUAGUAGGUAGGGUUAGUAGGUAGGGUUAGUAGUGCAUCUGUGCUGCUUCCACCCGGUGCUUCCUAUUCCCAAAUCACAAGGACCUGAAGAUGGUCCCUGCUUUCUCUCUCUUUCUCUCUUUCUCUGUGUCUCAGAUGGCGAUUUUGCUGACAGCUGCCAAGAAAAUGCUUCACUGAACAGUCCUCAUGUGCCCAGAGAUGUUUAUAGAACUGUUUGAAUUGCAGCCAUCCCCUGCCCCCUCCCAGGCUGAAGAUCUGUUCUUUUUAAGUUGAUUCGGGAGUGGCAUUCUUUUCUCCCCAAAGAGUUUAGUGCAUCGUGAAGAGCUCAAAGCACAUGACGGCACAAAUGCUUACAGGGUUUCCUCCUGAGUAAUCCAGGCUCACUCCCCUUGUAAGGGAAUUCUGGGGCAGCUAUGGUUUGAGGAUGCAGUUGGCAUCGUGUUGCUACUUUUAGUACCUUGCCACUCUUUUAAAACGCUGCUGUCAUUUCCCGUUUCUUAGUACUAAUGAUUCUUUGAUUUUCCCUCUAUUACUUAUGUCUUAAUUCACUUUCCUUCCUAAAUUUGUUAUUUGCAUAUCAAAUUCUGUAAAUGUUUUGUAAACAUAUUACCUCACUUGGUAAUACAAUACUGAUAGUCUUUAAAAGAUUUUUUUAUUGUUAUCAAUAAUAAAUGUGAACUGUUU